CCUGCGUUUUCUUCCUUCCUACUUUCCUUUGGUGGGGGUGGAAGCUGGGAAGCAGGUCCACCAUGGACGUACAUGAAGGAGAAAGAGCCAGGUAAUGUUUGACGCAUGAUGGCAAACAAAUUACAAAUGAUUGGUUUUGUUUGGUUGAGAGGUAGAAAGGUGGAGCUUUGGUGAUGAAUGAUAUGAUGAUAUGACGACGAGUGUUUUACGAGCCCAAAAUUUCAGGAACGUCUACCACCAUUCAAUCUUUUCAAAUUUUCAGUACCAAAAGAACCGAAUCUCAUGCAGAAUAUUAUUUUGCAAAUAGAGAGACAAGUGUCAAAGUGUGUGACUUUUUGCAGGAAUCCCACUGAUCUCUCUCCCUCACUUUUUACUUUUCUCAAUCACUUCCCCGACAGCUUCGAUCUCUAUUAUUUUAUUCCUUUUUCCUUGCUAUGCACUCUCUGGUUUCUCUGCAGCUUUGUCACUAUCGCCUUCCUCCUGACUUCCUCUCAAGAACCCAUCUCCAGGGAACAAAGAUUUGUAGAGAAAAUCUCCCUGGAGUCGUAACUGCGUCCCCUAGAAUGACGAUUUCGACAAACUCUAAUAUGGAAGAAAGCAGAUGCUCUCUCUCCAGUCUAGCUCCUCUUGAAGCAAUAUUAUUUGAUAUUGAUGGAACAUUAUGUGAUUCAGAUCCUCUUCAUUACUUUGCUUUUCGUGAAAUGCUGCAAGAGGUUGGUUUUAAUGGUGGUGUUCCCAUCACUGAAGAAUUCUUCAUUGAGAAUAUAAGUGGCAGGCAUAAUGAGGAUAUCUGUCAUAUUCUCUUCCCUGACUGGGACAUCAAGAAGGGCCUAAAAUUCAUGGAUGAUAAGGAAGCCAUGUUUCGCAAAUUGGCAUCAGAACAACUCAAGCCUGUAAAUGGCUUAGGAAAACUAUGCAAAUGGAUUAAAGAUCAUGGCUUGAAGCGGGCUGCAGUAACUAAUGCUCCUAGACCAAAUGCUGAGCUCAUGAUCUCAAUUCUAGGCCUUUCUGAUUUCUUUGAAGUUCUUGUCAUAGGGAGUGAAUGUGAAAAGGCAAAACCGUAUCCUGAUCCUUACCUGAAGGCUCUCCAAGCACUGAAAGCAUCACCCAACCACACUUUUGUGUUCGAGGAUUCUGUCUCAGGGAUAAAAGCUGGGGUAGCAGCAGGGAUGCCAGUUGUGGGUAUAACUACCAGAAAUCCAGAAGAUCUACUUAGCAAAGCAGGGGCUACUUUCCUUAUUAAGGAUUUUGAGGACCCAAAAUUGUGGACUGCAUUGGAAGAGCUGGAGAGAGAGGCAAUAGGAGCCACUGUUACUGCAUGAAAGGGUCAUACUGGUCAGUUUAAAGCAAUGGUUACAGAUAUUUUAGAAAAUUUUAUUAGUUUAAGUAGAUAAUUGAGUUGGAGAUUAGAUCUACUUUCCUUCUACUCCAACUAAUUCUAAAACAUUAGUUAUACAGAAAAGUUGAUCAAACCUGAAAAUAUUACUUUUCUCUUGGAUGCUGAAAAUAAGAGAUUUUGUGCUUUGAUUAUAUUGAUACUUGACUGAAUACAAUGUAAAAUCUUGUGUUUGAUUAUAGAAAUCAUAGUAAUAUCAACAACAGUAGUUAUAUGACUA